AUGUUUUACUCGGGGAUCCUCACAGAGCCAACAAGGAAGGACGUUGACAUGAGGGAAGCAGCAUCUCUCCGACAACAGAGAAGAAUGAAGCAGGCCGUUCAGUUUAACCACAAGGACUCUGCUGACCUGCUGCCAUUAGAUGGUCUGAAGAAACUGGGAACUUCAAAAGAUACUCAACCACAUAACAUCCUGCAGAGGCGCUUGAUGGAAACAAACAUGUCAAGGUUACGCCACAACCGUGGGUCAUGCUCUCAGAAGAAUGACCUUUCAGCACAGGCAAAUAAACUGAAUCAAAUGAAGCUGGAUGGUCCCAAGAAAACAGAACAAGAAGACUUCAUCAUGGUAUGCUGCCAGUGUGCUGGGAAGGAACUCCAAGUAGCAAUUGAUACUGGAUGUCAGCGCAAUAUCAUAUCAUCUGCAUGUUUGGAGCGACUAGGGCUAAAGGAACUCGUGCAAUUCUACAAGCCUGAAGAUGAGAAGAUUUUAUUGUCGCACAAUAUGAAAGUGAUUGGACAUAUAGAACAUCUAGCUCUUACAAUAGGGACUAUUCUUGUGGAUUGUUCUGCAGUGGUUACAGAAGACAAUGAGAAAAACUUCUCUCUGGGGUUACAGACACUGAAAUCUUUGAAGUGUGUGAUAAAUAUGGAGAAGCAUCACCUGGUCCUGGGAAAGUCAGACAGGGAAGAAAUCUCAUUUGUUGGUAAUGUCUCUUCACACGAAGAGAAGGCACAUCCUCAUGGUAGCCACCUGCGCUCCUGGUUCAGUUCUGUAGCACACAGCUGGAAGCCUGGGAAGUGUCCCUGGAAAAGGCAGCGUGUCCCCUCCUCUGGCAAACCCUCGCAAACCUUUUCCAGCAUUUGCCAAAAAGCCACUGAGCCUUACACAGACUUUGUUAAUCGCCUGCAGGAAGCCCUUAAGCGUCAAGUUGAUAACGCUGCAGCCCGAGAGGAACUGUUGAUUAGAUUAGCUAAAGAGAACGCUACCUCUGAGUGCCGAAGGGUUAUCACAGGUCUGGGAAAAAACCCGGAGUUGGCAGACAUGAUUAGAGCUUGCCAAGAUAUAGGAAGUUCCUCUCAUCAAGCCUUUUUGCUGGCUGCCGCUCUCCAUCAGGGUGGGAAGCCUGGGGGGAAGUGUUUUAACUGCGGCAACCCUGGUCAUUUUGCAGCAGAAGGUCAGGCUCCUGGGGGUGGAGGUGUACAACCGACACCUAUCAGCCCAACUUGA